AUGCGCCUCUUAUUCCUCGCGGUCCCUCUGUGGCUGUUGCUGGGCUGGGCUCCUCGGGCGCCCGCCGGCUCCUCGGUCUCCCCUUCUCCCCGGAGGCGGCGCCCGUCCUUCUCGGGCCACGUGCCGGAGAACCGUCCCCCGGGGACGCGGGUAGGCGGCCUGAGCAUCCCGCUGACGCGGCUGGGCCCCUCGGGGGAGGCGUGGUGCGCCAAGGUCCAGGGCCGCCGGUGGCAGCUGCAGCUGCUGGGCGAGGGCCGGGGCGCCUUCCAGGCGGCGCUGCACGCCCGCUCGGGCCAGGUCUGGCUGCGGACGCGGAGGGCGCUGGACCGCGAGGCCCGGCCCUCGUACGCGCUGCGCCUGGCCCUCUGCUGCAAGCGCUGCCCCGACGGAAGGGGCGCCUCGGAGCUGGCCGCCCUCAGCAUCGCCGUCCUGGACGCCAACGACAACGCGCCCCGCUUCCUGCUGCUUCCUCCGCGGAGGCUGCCGGUGGCGGAGACGCUGGCGCUGCGGGCCCAGGUCUGGCAGGCCUUGGCCCUCGACGCCGACGCCGGGGCCAACGCCGAGCUCCGCUACUUCGCCCUGGGGCCGGGCUCCCAGCACUUCUUCGUCGUCCCCCGCAGCGGAAGGGUCCUCCUGGUCCGCUCCCUCCUCCACCGACGGGCCCCCAUCCCCCUCCGGCUCUUCGCCAGGGACAGAGGCCGGCCCUCCCUCCGCAGCGCCCCGCUGCUCCUCGAGGUCCUCCCCCAGCCUCUCAGGCUCCCCUUCCCAGGAGGAGAAGGGCCCCGACGGAAGAAGAGGAGGAGGAGGAGGAGCACCGGCGGCAACGCCCGGCCCCCGCUGGCCCUGGCCCUCCCCGAGGACGCCCCGCCGGGGACCCUGCUCCUCGACGCCAUCGACCCCGGAGCCCCCUCCGGCCUCCGCUUCCAGCUCCUCUCGCCCCAGGAACACCGCAGCCCCCUCCGAGUGGAUCCCCGCAGCGGAAGGGUCACCCUGGCCGCCGCCCUCGACAGGGAGGACCGGCCCCGAUGGGAGAUCCUCUGCAGGGCCCACGACCAAGAAGGAAAGAACUGGUACUUCAUAAACUUAGAACUUACAGUGACAGAUGUCAAUGACAACGUCCCGGAAUGGGUCAUGAAACCUUUUCCUUACUUAGCCACAGUUUCACCAAAAGCCUCGGCAGGCACCAAAGUAUACAAGCUCUUGGCUGAGGAUCAAGAUGAAGACGAAAAUGGGGCUGUUGAAUAUUUUCUUGUGGAAGGUGGAGAAGAUAGAUUUGAGGUUGAAAAGGACAGUGGUUGGAUCAAAACAACAGGUUUGCCAUUGGUAAAGGAGAGGGAAUAUUUACUGACUGUGCUAGCAGCUGACAAACCUGGUCUCCAAGGCUCUCCUGCCUAUGUUUCUGUGGUUGCUGGCCGUCGAGCCCCACAGUUUCACAACACAUCGUAUGCUGUUUACAUUCCUGAAAAUACUCCACCAGAAGAAUCGUUUUUGACGGUAUCUGCUUUGUCCCAUCAAAACAAGUCACUGAGUUAUAGCCUUAUAACUAAUCCAAAGGGGCUGUUUGGCAUUAAUGAAGUAACAGGUGAUGUGUACCUCAGUCGAAAUAUGGAUUAUGAGAGUGAUCAACACCAGUACCUCCUUGUGGUACAAGCAAAAGAAAACCCAGGGCAGCUGAGCAGUACAGUUGAGGUUUGGGUUGUAAUUAUGGAUGUGAAUGAUUGUGCCCCAGAAUUCCAGCAGUCAAUCUACAUAAAAGACAAUGUUCCUGAAACAGUGACUGCAACAACAGCACUUCUACAAGUGUCAGCCAGUGACUGUGAUUCUGAAGAAAAUGCAGAAAUGCUGUAUUACACGCUGAGUCCCGAUUUCAGCAUUUCUAAUUAUGGCACCAUCUAUCCAGCAACAGAGCUGGACUAUGAACGUCCUAAUCACCUGUAUGAGUUUGUAAUUAUGGCCGUUGAUAAAGGAGAACCACCAAAGACUGGGACAGCAACAGUCAGGAUCCGUAUCUCAAAUGUCAAUGAUGAAGUGCCUAAGUUCUCACAAUCAGUAUACAGGAGUUUUGUUUCUGAGGAUGCAGGUCCCAACACAUUGAUAGCAACAGUUCAUGCUAUAGAUCCUGAUGGAGAUGGUGUUACCUACAACAUUACUGGAGGGAAUCAAAAGGGGAAUUUUAUUAUUGAUCCUCAGAAAGGCUUGAUUCGCCUUCGCUCAAGCCCACUUCCUAAACUACAAGGGCCAGAGUAUGUACUUAAUGUUACAGCUACAGAUGACAAUGCUUCUGAUGGACCUAGCUCUCUUUCAAGCACUGCUCUUGUUGUUGUACAUAUUGAUGAUGUCAAUAAUAACAAACCUGUAUUUCAUAAGUGCCAGCAUUAUCGUGAACAUGCAUCUGUGCUGGAGAAUCAGCCAGUGGGAACAUUUGUGUUACAAGUAGAGGCAGUUGAUGCAGAUGAAGGCACCAAUGGGAGAGUGAAAUAUGGCUUGAUGCAUAGAGAUGGUGCUCUUCCCAUGUUUAACAUUCAUCCUGACACAGGCAUCUUGACAACACUUCAGAUAUUUGACCGAGAAAAACAGAGGGAGCAUCCAAUCACUGUAACAGCAACGGACCAGGCAGCAGAGCCUCUCAUUGGGAUCUGCCAGAUCAAUGUGGUCAUCUUGGAUGAAAAUGAUAACAGCCCCAGAUUUGAAAACACCCACUAUGAAUAUUUCUUAAGAGAAGACACAGAUGUGGGAACUAGCUUUCUUCGUGUUGCAGCCCACGACGAUGACUAUGGCUCAAAUGCUUCCAUUACAUAUUCUGCAGCCAAUGGGAAAAUGAAACAUUUCCAUGUCAAUCCUACCACAGGCUGGGUUUAUGUCAAUCAGCCUCUGUUGCAGAAAUCCUUUAUAACGCAAGAAAUCAUAGCAAUGGAUGGGGGAACAGGAGCAGUAAGGUAGAACUAAG